AUGGUACUGCAAUUGCAUGUAUGGGGCCCGGCCUUUUCUCUGCCUUCAAUCGAUGCACAAUGCCUCGCUGCAAUUGCAUACUGUUCCGAGGUCCUUCCUAAAGACUCCUGGGAGCUGAUCGCGAGCAGCGAUCCCUCUGUGUCUCCAACAGGCGAGCUCCCAGCUCUUCAAAAUGACUCGGUGUGGGUGAGCAGGUUCCGCAACAUCGUUGACUACCUUCGCCAAUACUCGGAGGGAGACUGGGACCUGGAUCAGAACCUCGACGAGGUGCAAAAAGCCGAUAGUGUUGCCUUCUCCUCCUUCGUCGAAUCCCGCGGCCAACCCCUCCUCGACCUGUCCCUCUACGUAACCAGCCAAAACUACUACACCAACACCUCCCCAGCCUACGGCGCCCUCCUCCAAUGGCCAAACCAAUGGAUCCUCCCUCCAAAGCUCCACGCAGCCGCCAAAACCCGCACCGAACACCUCGGCCUCUCCUCCCUAGACCUACAAGCAAUGGAAGACCAACGCCAACGCGAGCACAACGCCGCCGUCGCCUCCGGCCAAAUCCCCAAGAACCUCCUUCCCUCCCAACCCAGCACAGUCUCCAAACUUCUCGGCCGAACAGCCCAAACAAAUCAAUUCCGCCUGGUCGCCCUAACAGCCGAUUUCUUCGAGCCCCUCGAAGCAAUGCUCGCCCGCACAAAGACCUACCUCCUCCCCGCAGACAAGGACAACGAAACCCCCUCUUCACUAGACUGUCUCGCGCUAGCAUACCUGUCUCUCGCGCUAGUCCCGGAUCUCGCCUUUCCCUGGCUGCGCGAUGCUAUGCGCUCCAAGGCCCCGCUGCUGGCUGCGUAUACGGAGCGCAUGCGCGAUCGCUGUCUAGGUGAGGAUUCUACCCCUGCGCAAGCAUUCAAGCCUGAGGAGCCGUCGAAGCUCCCGUGGCGCGCGCCGGAGCGGAUCUCUGUGUCGACUGUUGGGAAGACACUGCUCGGUACGUUGGCCGAUAACACGCCGUUUCUGAGUGAGGUGCGGCAGAAUAGACGGUUGAAGAGGGCUGUGGAGGAGGAUGAGAGUUUUAGCUCGGUUGAGAAGCAGGCUCUGUCUUCGUAUGCGGAUGCCAGUACCAAGGAUAUGUUCGUUUCUAUUGCGGCUGUUGUUGCGGGGACGGCGGCUUUAGUUGGGUACAUGGUGCAAGUGGGGUUGCUUUCUUUCGAACGUCGUGGUGCCGACGAGGAGGAAUUUGAAGAAGAUGUGGGUAUGUCUCAUUUUGAGCCUGAGUCUGUCAAUGACAUACUGGGAAUUUGA